UGUAUUCACUGCGUGACCUUGAGUAAAUAUUGCUGGUUAAAAAAAUGGCGCUUUUUGUUGUCUAAAACUCCUGUCACGUUUAACUAAUGGCAACCAUCACUGCAAGCGCUUCCCUGCAGUUUCAGACCCCCUGAGUAGGUACUUAUUUCGUCCUGAACACAGUUCGCAAAGAGGUCCUACAGGGGCGCCCUGCGAUUUCCUGCAGUGGAAAAGCGCCUUAUUUCUCUCCUAUUAUGUCCCUGAAGGCCACUAGUACUGAAGUAUAUGACUAAUUGUGCGGACAAGGCUGCAAUAUGUGACUACUCCCCCCAGGCAAACAGUAUUAUCAUGCAAUUCUGCUGAUUGGCACAACUCAUGCACUUAUUACAAUCAGCAGGCUAAGAAUAGCAUGCCAGCCUGUGGACGCAAACAGAGAGCUUAGCGCAUUAUGAAUUUAAAACGAUGCAACUGACGCAUUUCCUGCUCUGUGCUGGCUCCAUGCAGAUCGGUAGCCUGACUAGCCAGCGCAGGCCAGUAGGAAGUCCUGGAUAGAGAGGAGAUCUAGUACGGCAUGAGCAUGUGACUGCCGUCACAUCCGUGGAGUCUUCGCUCGGCGUGAACGUGUUGAUUGGCUGUGUGUUUGGGUGCCAGGUGAAGCUGUGAGGAGUGAGAGAGGGAGAUGGAAGAAGUGGGCUAAUGAGAUUCAACAGCCGUCUCUAGAGAGGAGCGUUUCUACACCCAUGAAAAUGAUCAGAGGAUCCUCAUGAGAGGGAGAGUGAAGGCAAGCGAGAGGAGCCUGGUGCUCAUUUAAAAGCAGAUCCUGUUAGACACGUCUGUGUGAAGCAGUUUAAAGAGAGGAGAUUGUACUGUAGCAACAUUUGCAUUGUUGAACCCCUGGCCUCUUACCAUCACACAUUCAGACCAAAACAAAAAGACCACUCAUCCCCCCUGAAAUGGAUAGCACUGGGGAGGUCACAGCAUUGUCUGAUAUUUUGCAGAGGGGGAGGAAAUAUAAUCCUUCGGUUUGUUUACUCGUUGAAUGGUUGCACAGAUCGGGCUCUUGACCAGCUGUGUGCACAGUAGCAUGUGUAUGUCUGAGGUGAACGUGUGUUAAGAGAGGGAGAGCGCAGCAGCAUGUGUUCUCAUGAAACCCCUUGGUAAACGGACCAGUUAGUCUCAUUAAGCUUGUUCUGUUUUUACCAACUUCAGAGAUCUACACUUCCCCCUACUGGCCUGGGGAGAAAGUCAGCGCUAAUGAAAACUGAACAAUCACUCAAAUCUAAUUUCAUCAACUGUCAUUAAGCCUCCUGUUUGUCUGUUGGUUAUGUAGAAUUAUUGCAGAUCAAUAUUAUCAUAUUAUGAUAUGAUAGGUAUUUUAGUAAUGGCAUGUGUCCUCUACAUCAAAAUACGUUCUGGCCAGAAAGAGAAAACUAUGUGCCAAAGUCUGGUCCUUGGUCUCUAUCAGAGGUCAGAUGGCCAGAGAGACUAGAGUGACCAACACGGACUGUCCGAGUGUGCCCAAGCCUCUCACGUCACAAGAAGAAGUCUGAGAGAAAGAGGCCAUCUGCUGACUGGCUUAAGGGGAUUAGUACCGGCUGGAGAGUCCCAGUACACCUCAGGUAGUGUAGAGACGCUGCACGUCCUCUGUUCACCUUUACCUCGCCCCCCUGUGCCGCUGUUUCCCAUUUCCCGCUUCCCUAAUUCAGCCGCGCGACAUGGAAAUAUUGUGGCGUUGGGAUUGUUGUCGGUGAUUGAAGUGAGGGGUGAUUGUGGUGCUGGUGGUAAAAUGUUGGGAUGGAUGGGAUUAUUCCUCAGCAAGAGUGUCUUGGACCGGGACCAUGAACGUGAGCGCUACAUCCACAGGAUGGAUCGUAGGACCUCAGGAUACAGGCCGGUCCAGCGGUCCGCUUCAUUGGGCCCUGCGGUCAUGUUCGGCACACGCAAGACCUGGGACAUUGGCCACGCCCCCUGCCUGCAGGACCUCUGGAAGAAAGACGUUUCCUUGGACGCGAGCUCAGUGGAUUUCCUGAUGAGUGAUGGUGAGGAGGACACCUCCUUCCUGCCGCUGCAACCCUCCGUAUUCCCACGCCACCGUCUCUCUUCCGACCUCAGUGAGACCCACUCCACCGACAACCAGCAGUUGCUUAUUCAGAAGGUUACUUGGUCAUGUUCCUGGACAUCUGCAUAUACUCUGCAGGAGCGGGUGUGUGAGUUCCAGGCUCGUCUGCGUGGCGAGGAGGCCGGCAAGAGAUUACAGCUUCAGCAGGGCGGCCACCAAGCACACAGCCUCAGCAGGGAGCACCGAGGCCUGGUGAGCCCAGACCUCAAACAGACACAGGACCUCAGAGACCAGCACAGGCUGCAAGACUACCACCAAAUCCGCACGGAAGCUACUAACACCGGAGGGAGAUCGCCUUGUUCCGUUUCACAAAGACUGGCCCAAUCUUUAAGCCUUUCGCCGGACGCCCGAGGCCCACUAGAACGAGACUUGAAGGGCUUGGAAGGAGAACAGCUGGUACUUCUCAAAGGGUUACACACACAGAUUGAGGAGCUGGAGGAGAAACUGUUGGAUCAGACGCAGGAGGUGGAGAGACUGCGCUCUGAGCUGGGGGCGACCGACCUGGAGAAGCAGCUGGAGGUGCUGGAGAGUGAGAACCAGCGGCUCAAACAGGAGCUGAAGGCCGGCCAAGCCCAGGCCUCUCCAUCCACCUGCAGCAACUGCCCACACAGCCAGGAUGUGGAGCGGCUGCGGGACGAGCUGUGCCGGCGGGAGGAGGAGUGUCUGCAGCGGGAGCGACGCCUGGCGGGACUGGAGCUGCAGGUGAGGGAGCGGACGGGCCUGGUGACCCAGCUGGAGCAGCAGUUGGAAGAGGCCACGCGGCGCCAGCGUGACCUCCAGCUGUGGCUGGACGAGGCCACGAGCCAUGGACGGGACACAAAGGAGCAGCUCACCUCCAAGCUCAGGGAGUGUGAGCAAGCCCUCACCCGCCAGGCCGCCAUGCCCCCGCAGGUCAAGUAUGUGACUAAGACAGUGGAGGUGGAGUCGGCCCAGUGUAAGCAGGCUCUCGCUGAGUGUCAGGCACGGAACCUGUCCCUGCAGGAGCAGCUGAGUGUCCAGAGGCAGCUCCUGCGUGAGCUGGAAAACCAUCUUCAUGAGUCCCAGAAGACCAGUGGUCAGCUGAGACAACAGCUGAGGGCUGAUCGCGGCCGCCUGUGUGGCCUGCUCUCCAAGGCCGUCGGCUGGCACAACAGUGAUGUCAUCCAUAGGCUGUCGAAGAUCCUGGUCUAUGAGGGGGAGAUGGAGAGAGCUCAGGGGCAGCUGGAGGCAGAGAUGCAGAGUCUGGAGGAGGAGAAGAACCGGGUGAUUGAGGAUGCCUUCAUCCGGGCCGAGAGCGAGAUGAAGGCUGUGCACGAGAACCUAGCAGGUGUGCGUAUGAAUCUGUUGACCCUGCAGCCAGCUCUGCGCACCCUCACCUGUGACUACAACUGCUUAAAGAGGCAAGUGCAAGAUUUCCCUUUCCUGCUGGAUAAGGCCAUUGCAGAGGCUAAGCAAGAGAUCUGUCAAGUGAUUGGGGAGGUAAGCAGUGCCAACCAAGAGCUGCUGCGCAAGUACAAACGAGAGAUGAACCUGAGGAAGAAAUGUCACAAUGAGCUUGUGCGACUCAAAGGCAACAUCAGGGUAUUCUGUCGAGUGCGUCCUGUCAGCCAGAACGAGAUGGAUUCAGUGGAUGCAAAGAACAUGGUGACCUUUGACUCAGACGAUGACUCAAUCCUCUACCUGUCAAAUAAGGGCAAGCCCAUGACCUUUGACCUGGAUAAAGUCUUUCCCCCUCACGCCACACAAGAAGAGGUGUUCCAGGAAGUUCAGUCUCUGGUCACUUCCUGUAUUGAUGGUUUCAAUGUGUGCAUCUUUGCCUAUGGUCAGACUGGCUCAGGAAAGACUUACACCAUGGAGGGGAUAUCUGAGGACCCUGGCAUCAACCAACGUGCUUUACGACUGCUAUUCGCUGAGGUGUCAGAGAAGAAACCAGACUGGGAUUACAACAUAUCCGUUAGCAUGGUGGAGAUCUAUAAUGAAACGUUACGGGACCUGCUUGGGGAGAACCUUAAUGACAAGCUGGAGAUAAAGAUGUGUCCAGAUGGCAGCGGUCAGCUCUACGUUCCAGGCCUGACUGUCCAGGCUGUGAAGAGUGUAGAGGACAUCAAUAAGGUGUUAGAGUUGGGCCAUAUGAACAGAGCCACAGCCUGCACCAACCUGAAUGACCACAGCUCCCGCUCCCACGCACUGCUCAUAGUCACAGUGGCUGGGUUCAACUCCUCUACUGGCCACCGCACCACAGGGAAGCUGAACCUGGUAGACCUGGCGGGCUCGGAGCGGAUCACCAAGUCCGGCGCAGAGGGCAGCCGUCUGCGAGAGGCUCAGUGCAUCAACAAGUCCCUGUCGGCCCUGGGCGACGUCAUCAAUGCGCUGCGCUCUCGCCAGUCCCACGUGCCCUUCCGCAACUCCCGCCUCACGUACCUGCUGCAGGACUCACUGAGCGGAGACAGCAAGACCCUCAUGAUGGUGCAGGUGUCUCCUCUGGACACUAACGUCAGUGAGUCCGUCUGCUCUCUGAAGUUUGCGCAGCGUGUUCGCAACGUGGAGCUGGGUUACUCUUCACGGAAACAGACCGAGAACUCCUCCACCUCCUCCUCACCAACUCACGACAGUGUGGAGUUGGACUCCCCUCCGGUGACACCAGUGCCACUGCCCAUCUCCAGGGCCAGCAGCGCAGGCUCCACGCUCUCCUCCACCUCCAAAACCCCCAGCACCCGCCGCCGUUCCCACAGUCAGCUUGCCACCGAUAGACAGGUAGACAGAAGGAGCCCAUUGGUUGGGGAUGGUGGGCAGGACGAAUGAAGCUUACUGCCUGAUGGCACUGCAGGCAGGGAGUUUAAGAGGAGUCUCCCAGCACCUGUGCCCACCGGUGGACCUUUUCCCCUCUGCAGCAAUGAAGAACAGUCUUCCAUGGGUUUCCGCUGAAAGACGUGACGUGACGUACAUCGUGACAGAAACAGAGGAGGGACGUGGACCAGAGCCAGAGCUAAGUGGGGUGUGAGACUCUGAUCAACCUAUCAGGGCCAGAGCUCAGUGAGAGGAGUGGGGUGUGACUCUGAUCAGCGAAUAAAGCAGCCUGGUUCACACACUCUUUACCCACAACCCCCCAGGUGAAGAACACUCUUCCACUCAUCAGUUCCUGUCCCAGUUCCUGUGGCGACAAAGGAACUGUGGGUGUAAGCGGUGGGUCGUCGGAUCUCAGUAUUUCUGGACAGCGAAGAAGCACUUUAGACCAGGCUGCCACAGUCACCCCUGCUGGUCCUGCCACUCAGAGUUCAGCUCCUGAUUGACUUCCCUAAUCAUAUAUAAAUCUGUGUGUUCAUCCGUGUGAGGACGGGCAAGGACGAAGGAGGACGUUUUGAUUCUGUACUGCUUUCGUUUGAUUCAAGACUUUGAUACAGGACUCCUUAUCACCCCCUCCCUACCACCCCGGUCCUUCCCCCUACACACACCUCUUUGUGAUUCCCCGCCAUCAGGCAUAAGGACAAUUCAGACUUCUGUCAAGAAGCUGGGAGUAACUGUGCAAUGCAGGGAACCCCAAGCAAAACUACAGGCCAGACCACAUUUCUUUGCUCAUGUAGAGGAACUCGUGUGUUUGUGUAUUUUUUUUUUCUUUCCUUUUUCCAGUCUUCCUGAUCAAUGCAUGUGUUUUUGAUGUUCAAAUCUCUGUUUUUACAUUGCAGCGUAAUGCUUUCAAAGACAAUCGUUUACCGGUGAUCAUGGUACACAACCGAACACACAUACACACACACAUACACACACACAUACACACACACAUACACACACACAUACACACACACAUACACACACACACACACACACACACACACACACACACACACACACACACACACACACGCAGGUAACAGGGUUGGCCACACUCCAAUGCCAGGCUCAUCAUGCCAACCUAAACCACCCCUCUUCCCACAGUCACUGCUAAUAAUGAAUGCUCUCUGUCUUAGUGAAGAUGAUGGACACCCCUCCAUGUAGCCAAACCUGCAACAUCCGUUGGAUUUGGGGGAAAGCCUUUUGGUCAUUGUGGUUUGUGGGUCACCCGCUUGCUUGUGUUCAUGUCGAUGCAGUUUUGUUUUUGUACACUGUUUUUAAUAAACACCCCUUACUAAAUCCAAAAUAUCUUGAUUCUUUAUGGAGUGUGAUUGGAUGUGUUGAAGGCGUGGUGGUAGUUCAUCAGCUGACAUGAUUGAUCAUAACUGUAAAGAGGGAUCUUUGCAAAUCAGUGAGAUGUUGUAGCAGUAUGAAUCGUCUUCCAAAUUCAGUGGUGUGAUUCACAUUGCUUUUAAAUUGAGGCUUGUUACUAUAGUACAGGUCUGCCCUCUGGUGGAUACUUGCAUACAAUGUAAUGUUUGAUGUCCAAAUAAAUGAAUAAGAUUGUUGUUUACAUUUAUAUUGUCUUUGCUCAAAAAUCAUACAGACUGGUAAUGACGCUGAUGCUGAUAUUUCAUGAUUUGCUGAUUAAAUAUUUUGAAAAUGA